AUGGUUGCUAGAACAAUUGCUGCAGAAGAAUGCAACAGGAAACAAAUCCUUGUUUUUGAGCCUUUGAGUGAAAUCGGGAACAUGCAGCAACAAACGAACCAAGGAGUGGCAAAGAAGAUGCUGGCUGUAGAAGCAAACAACAGGCGAUACAAAACUCAACCCAUAGAAAGGGACACAGAAAAACAGCUA